AUGGACUCCAACUCUUCCUCCGACGCGGUAACGACAUCUCACCAUUCAACCAACAUCCUAACACCACGCCAUCUGAGUGCCGGAGACGACAACGAGGAGCCCUACAUCUACGCCUCCAUCCGGUACGACCCGGCUCUUCUACGCUCCUCCGCCAACGCCAAAGCCUCCUUCAACCGCCCCUGCCCUUUCUAUCUGCUCGAGCACCAAUGGACGCGACUGCAAGUAGCCAACUGGUCCAAAGACCGCCCUCCGAAUAGUCACGGCAGCCCUUCACGCUUCAUGCACGGGUUGCUGUCUGCCGUCGUGCAGUACCAGAAGGAACAUCCGGGGUCCAAGGAUACGUGUCUUCGCCUCAGGAUCCGCUCGUACGCAUCUGGCCAGAUGACGAGCGAAGUCUCUCCACCCCGUGUCCUGACACCAGUAAAUCUGCUGUUCCCGACUACGUUCGGACAUCCGGAUCAUCUGCCAAAGACGGAGUGGACAAUCGUGCUCGACAACCAACCAACAGAGACCAACGAAAGCACCAUGUACAAGACAUCCGACCGGAAGCCGUACGUUCGAGCGCGGAUAUCUGCAUCGCUCACGGAUGUUGAGCAACCCAGAGAAGUCCUGAUAUACAACAGCGAUGGCGAAGUCCUGGAUGCAACCAAAUCAACGCCCUACUUCUUCCGCGGUGGCAAAUGGCUCGUCCCUGCUUCAGCAUCCGGAGGACUGCAGGGUACGACGAGGCGCUGGACUCUCGAGAACGGCGUUGCCAGCGAAGGAGUGGUGGGCAAGGAUAGUCUGGCCGUUGGUGAGACCAUUUGGCUGAGCAACGGCGUAUGGGGCUUCUAUUAUGCGAAGUUCGUCGCUCUGGAACAAGGGAAGGCACCACCAUCCGAAGCGGAGUGUCGGCAGAUCGAGGAGCAGAUGCGAGGUUGA